AUGCAUUUCUCAUCUGCCCUCUUGAGCGCACUCGCCCUCGCCCCUGCGGCCUACGCCACCUGCUUCAGGUACUCCUGCCGCAUCUACGGCCUCGAGAACCCGGAGCGGCCCGGCGUGUACGUCGACAUGGCCAUCACCAACGGCGACAUCUCCGAGACGUACUGCACACUCCAGCUCGGGCGGGACGAGUACAUGAACCACGGCAACGUCGAGUUCUUCACGUUUGACUGCCCGCCCAAUGGCUGGUUCGCGACCCUGCACGAGGGGUCCGACUUCAUCCGCAUCACGACGCCCGACUCGGACAAGGAGGGCAAGUAUAUCGAUGCGCCUAUCGACUGGGACAGCAGUGACGCGGGCAAUGGGAUUGGGUUCCUGCUGUCGUAUGAUGGUUCCAAUGGUUGUUAA